AAGAGAAGAAAGAACUGUAAAACACACAGCGGAGGAACAUUAGUGAAGCACAGCUGCUGUAACGGAAUGAAGGUGCUGACUUCACAGCAAGAGGUGGAGGAGGAGAGCCCCUCAUCUCCUGUGGACUCCAACAACCAUCACAGCUGUGAGGACAGAGAACAGGAGGAAGUCCCCCUUUACCUCCCAGAGGAACACAGACAUGACACAGAUAAGGACCACCCCAAACCAGAAAGCGGAGUCAUGUGGAGAGUGGGAGGUGGCCUGUUCAGCAUGACACGAAACGUUGUUGGUGCAACAUUUGGGAGUGUUGCAUGGGUAGGAACUAAAAGUUUUGAGCUCACCAAAACAGCUGUGACCAGUGUGCCGGCAGCCAGUGUAGGACUGGUCAAAGGGAGUGUCUCCAUGGUUACAGGAGGUGUCGGAGCAGUGGGAUCUGUAGUGGCUAGUAAAGUCACACCAAGGAAGAAGGAUAAAGCUGACUGAUGGCCUGUG